CGCUGAGGCAUCUCAGGUUCCCGUCACGAAAUUCAUCGACAUCCCAAAGUCUACCAAGAUCAUUGCGCAGUUUCGGUUCAAGAGAAGAUCUACAAACGAGGACAGGACGCACUAUCUUCGUCAUAACAUCCACACCCUCAUUACACCCACAUCGACGACCGAGCGAAGGAAUAUGCCAGAGAAAUUCCAGGGACCUCGAGUUGAACCCUAUGACCAUACAUGGAAAGACGAAGAUGGCAUAUGGACCAUAGCUCCAAUUUUGGACGCGAGAGCAGCUUGUCAAGGCCUAACGCAACUCGUCGACGGCUCUAUGGUCACCAUUCGCUCUGGGGGGGAUUCGCAAACCCCGUGGUUUCUCUCCGUCCUCCGGACUUCGGCAGGGAUCUUUGUUCCCUGCAUCACGACUUCGGAGCAAUUCAUAUGGAGGAUUCGAGAGGUUCUCCGGCCCAACUCGACCAAGAGCACCAUUCCUAGACAAUCAUCUUUCAAACCGCUCAGGCAUGACGCACGCCUGUGCUUGACCUUUGAGUUUGCCGAUAACCCCCGAGGCUAUCGAGACUUCAAAGACGACGACCGCGGCUUCCGCAAUGUAGAGUAUCCGGACAGUGACACCGGUCGAUUGUUCCUUGUUGAAUCCACAAAAAGGUCAGACACCUGGCCGGACCGCAGAGUGCUUCUUCUUGCAGACGGAAGCGUCUUUAGGUCUGAAUCUUGUGCCAGAAUCAUGGACCUGGAUGACGCCGAGAUCUCUGUGAGAAUUGCGCACUUCAACAUCGACGUCCGUGACUCAACGGAUGAUGCCUAUGAUAUCCUGCAAAAAGACGGUAAUUCCAUCGUGGCGAGGCACGAGGAGCAGCAAAAGAAGUUGAAGACUGGGGAUCAGGGGGCCUCAGCGUAA